ACUGCAUUGUAACGAAAACAGGAAGAAAGGCAGCAUGAGGAAAUCUUCUUGUGUCACCGAUGGAGGGAUAUUGUGUGUUGAAGUGAGUGAUGAAUAUAGCGAGUUAAACCUACAGCAGAUGGAGAAGAUCGAGGUUUUAGCUGUUACGGACAGUAAAACUUUAAUCAUCUGAUUCGAUCUCAUAUAAUGGAGCGCGCGAUGGAGCAAUUAAACGUGCAGCUCAAUCGAUUGACGCGCUCGCUACGGCGCGCGAGGACAGUGGAACUCCCUGAAGAUAGUGAAACAGCUGUAUACACUCUCAUGCCCAUGGUCAUGGCUGACCAGCACAGGUCUGUUUCUGAAUUGCUUUUAAAUUCAAAGUUUGAUGUCAACUAUGCCUUUGGGCGAGUCAAAAGAAGCCUUCUACAUAUUGCUGCCAAUUGUGGGUCAGUAGAGUGUCUCAUUCUGCUGUUAAAGCGUGGUGCGAAUCCGAACUAUCAAGACAUCUCUGGCUGCACACCUCUGCAUCUUGCUGCAAGAAACGGACAAAAGAAGUGUAUGGGCAGACUAUUAGAGUACAAUGCUGAUGUCAAUAUCUGCAAUAAUGAAGGUCUAACCGCUAUUCACUGGCUGGCAGUGAACGGUAGGACAGAACUGCUUUAUGAUCUGUUGCAGCAUGUGUGUAACGUGGACGUGGAGGACGCCAUGGGCCAGACAGCUUUACAUGUGGCCUGCCAGAAUGGACACAAAACUACAGUACAGUGUCUUUUGGACAGUGGAGCAGACAUCAACAGACCCAAUGUCUCUGGUGCGACUCCGCUCUAUUUUGCCUGCAGUCAUGGUCAGAGAGACACUGCUCAGAUACUGCUCUUCAGAGGAGCCAAAUAUCUGCCAGACAAGAAUGGUGUUACACCUCUUGACUUGUGCGUGCAGGGUGGUUAUGGCGAAACGUGUGAAAUUCUCAUCCAGCACCAUAGCAGACUGUUUCAGACGCUGAUACAGAUGACCCAGAAUGAUGAUAUUAAAGAGAACAUGUUAAGGCAAGUUCUAGAAUAUGUUUCACAGCAAAGUGACUCCAGCUACCACAGGAUCCUGACCAGCCUCGCUGAGGUGGCCACCACAAAUGGACAUAAACUGCUCAGUUUAUCCAGCAACUUUGAAGUCCAGACAAAGAGUUUCCUUCGGAUUAUCCGAAUAUUCUGUCACGUGUUCUGCCUUGGACCGUCCUCCCCCAACAACGGAAUUGACAUGGGGUACAACGGCAACAAGACACCCCGUAAUCAGGUGUUCAAGCCUCUGGAGCUGUUAUGGCACUCGCUUGAUGAGUGGCUGGUUCUCAUCUCAACUGAACUGGACAAGCAGUGCAGUGAUGCCAGCACCUCGUCCUCAGGAAAUGACAUCGCCUCACUUUUCUUGAAAAAGCAGGAAGUCGAAACCACCGAAACCCCUCCACUGUUGCUGGAUGCCAAAGCUGUGAUGAAUACACCAGAGGGCUAUGUUGAUGGUCAGGAUGUCGUCUCUAUGAUAGCCAAUCGCCUAAGUGCUGUGAUUCAGGCCUUCUACAUGUGCUGUUCCUCUCAGAUGCCGCAUGGCAUGACCUCGCCUCGAUUCAUUGAGUUUGUCUGUAAACAUGAUGAAGUCCUAAAGUGUUUCGUCACAAGGAAUCCCAAAAUCAUUUUCAACCACUUCCACUUUCUGCUGGAGUGCCCUGAACUCAUGUCACGCUUCAUGCAUAUAAUCAAAGGACAGCCAUUUAAAGACAGAUGCGAGUGGUUUUAUGAACAUCUUCUGGCCGGACAGCCGGACUCAGAUAUGGUGCACCGGCCGGUUAACGAGAAUGACAUUCUUUUGGUUCACAGAGACUCAUUGUUUCGCAGCAGCUGUGAGGUUGUUUCCAAGUCGUCCAAUGAGAAACUGAAGCAAGGAAUUGCUGUGCGGUUCCAUGGUGAAGAGGGAAUGGGCCAGGGUGUUGUCAGAGAGUGGUUUGACAUUUUAUCGAAUGAGAUCAUCAACCCAGACUAUGCACUAUUUACACAAUCUGCAGACGGUACCACAUUUCAACCCAACAGUAAUUCUUCAGUCAACCCAGAUCAUCUGAACUAUUUUCGAUUUGCUGGUCAAAUCCUUGGUCUUGCCCUCUACCAUCGCCAGCUUGUGAACAUCUACUUCACACGUUCCUUUUACAAGCACAUACUGGGCAUUCCAGUGAGUUACAAGGACGUGUCAUCUAUUGAUCCAGAGUAUGCUAAAAACCUGCAGUGGAUUCUGGACAAUGACAUCAGUGACCUUGGACUUGAGCUCAGCUUUUCUGUAGAGACAGACGUCUUCGGUACUAUGGAGGAAGUCCCUCUCAAACCCGGAGGAACCGCUAUUCAGGUCACUCAAGACAACAAGGAGGAGUAUGUGCAGCUGGUGACCGAGCUGAGGAUGACCCGAGCUAUUCAACCGCAGAUCAAUGCUUUCCUGCAAGGCUUUCACACUUUUAUCCUCCCCUCACUCAUCCAGCUCUUUGAUGAAUAUGAGCUGGAGCUGCUGUUGUCAGGUAUGCCUGAAAUUGACGUAAUGGACUGGAAGAGGAACACCGAGUACACUAGUGGAUAUGACAUUCAGGAGCCAGUUAUACAGUGGUUUUGGGAAGUGGUUGAAAAUCUUACACAAGAGGAAAGAGUCCUUCUAUUACAGUUUGUUACAGGAAGCUCAAGAGUUCCUCAUGGAGGAUUUGCUUUUCUUAUGGGUGGCAGUGGUUUGCAGAAGUUCACUAUCGCUGCUGUGCCCUACACGUCCAACCUACUGCCUACCUGUAGUACCUGCAUCAAUAUGCUGAAACUUCCAGAAUACCCCAGCAAGGACGUCCUGCGUGAUCGCCUGCUGGUCGCACUGCAUUGUGGGAGUUACGGCUACACCAUGGCAUGAUGUUGACGUGCGUGUUUACAUGGUGUCUGCUCUAAGGACACGUGACGCACAUACAAGUCUUUUCAGGGAUUAUUCAACACUAAAGUAUUUUUAUUUUAAAGUUUUUUUUUAUUUUGAUCAAGCAAAUCUUUGGCAAAGACACAUCAGUGAACGAUUAUCAUCAGACGCUGGAUCUAUUGUGUGGGGGUUAUCAUGAAUGUCAUAUUAUAUUGCAAAUGCACUAUAGUAAUUAUAAUAUAAUUGGUAAAUGAACCUCUUAAUUUACUUUCCUUUGAUAUUGCAGUGAAAUAUGACCCAGAUAGAUUUUGCGAUUCACCCUUAAGCCAAUCACUAAAACCAAACGGCCUGUGUUGCUGUACUGCAAAAGACAGUUUUAUUUUAUAUUAAUAGAUGUACUUCAGGCUAUAAUAUUUGUUAUCUCAUGCUGUUCAGUUUACAUCAUGGUUGAAUUGUGUGCGUGUGUGUAGGGGGGUGCAUGCAAGACACUGACACAUUUAUAGCCCAAAAUCAAAACUGAUAUUAGAAAGGCAACAUAUUAUUGAAAAUUGUUGUGGUGUUAUGUUCUUGUGUAUAUCAGUUUUCUGGUGUAUUGCAUCAUUGUAUUGGUCUCUUGUGUGACACUUUAUUUGUAGUCUAUAAGGUUUUAUACUAUUCCCAUGAUUGUUGUGCCAUACCUUUUUUUAAAGUACUCACAUUAAAUGUGUUUAGUUAUAUACUGUACUGUAUGGGGCUGUCUGCGUUGUCUGUGAAUGCUAAAUUGUAUAUUUUAUUUGUUUAUGUGCAGAUAAGUUAUUCUUAAAAUUGAUCAAAAACAUUUUUGGUUGUGCCAAAUAAUCUUAGAAUAAAUCAUAUAGUUUCCUCUUUAAAAAGAAGAGGAUGCUGUUAAUAAAGGAUGCUGGUGGCCAUUCAUUUUGAAAAAGGGAAUUCAUGUCAUUUAGGAAUGUGGAAUAUCACCUUUUAGCAUUUGUGUAGUUUAAAGUGAACUCUGUAAAAUUAUAAGCGUAUAUUUAUAUGUAUAUACAUUUAUUUAUUCUGAUCAUGAUUAGGGAUUCAUAUUUGUUUUUGUAUUUGUAAUAAGAGUGUACACUGCACAAUCCUUUGGGUAUUUUCCAGGAUGCAUCACAAUUAUUAAAGUAUGCAUUUUACUAUACAGAAA